AUGCAGAUUCAUCACGGAAAACACCAUCAGGCUUACAUCACCAAUGUUAACACUGCCCUUGAAGGGCUUGACGAUCUGGCAGCACUGUCGGUCGAAGACUUGCUGCGUAACGUUGACCAGCUGUUAUCAAUAAUGGUGGCGGACAUGCCAAAUCAUUCACUCUUCUGGACCAUCAUGAGCCCCAAUGGUGGUGGCAACCCCACACCAGAAGUUGCGGCUGCAAUCGAAUCCGCUUGCGGAUCUCUUGAAGCUGCCAAAGAACAGUUCGUGACCGCUGCGACAACCCGUUUCGGAUCCGGUUGGGCAUGGGUCGUUGUUGAUGAAACUGGCAGUAUACAAAUCUACUCGACUGCUAACCAAGAUAGCCCCAUCAUGCAGGGUCAUACACCGAUACUAGGCCUUGAUGUCUGGGAACAUGCGUAUUAUCUGAAUUAUCAAAAUCUGCGUCCCGCAUAUAUUGAAGCUUGGACGAACGUUAUCAAUUGGGAAGAGGUCGCCAGACGUUACGCCGCUGCAAAAGGCUAA